CCACCGACUGCUUGUGCGGCCCAGGCGAGGAUUUUCACGAAAACAUCAACCGCAGACUGCGUACCAGUGCCAGCGGGACCCGACGCUAUGGAUCCAACGGCAUGACAGCCGAGUCGAUGGCGGUUUCAAAGUUGGAUAACGGUGUUCGGCCUUGACGAGAGACGUUAGAAGCGUGAAACAGAUUUAACGGUAAUGAAUGCGGUAUCACUUGUUUGAUAGAAAGACAGAGAGCGAGCGAGCGAGAGAGAGGGAGAGAGAGAGGGGCCAAAGUGGACUCCCUCCCUCGGUAGAGCCGUUCCGCCCGAUGGAGGCUGACGGGACCUUUGCAGUGAGCUCCAGGCCCGUAAUGUCACCUGUGAAACGUCGACACCUCGUCGGAGGACGUAAUUAAGGAAACCCUCGCGCACACCUGUCUGAAGACUUCAUUUGACAACUUCGUAGCGAACCUGUGUACAGCAACUAAAGUUAGCAGGUCAACGUUAGCUGCGGGAGGCGACCCCCUCGCGCAACAUGACUAUCAUAGAUAUCACUUAACGAGAGGUUACUCACCGCCUCAGGUAACACGGGACAGGUGAACAACGAGCUGUUUAGCGGACUUCUUUCUGCUCAUGUUUUAGAAAGUUGCCUCGUUACAUUUCACCAGCUGCACGUUGACUCCAACUCAUUUGGCUUGGCUCGAGCAUACAAGAACUACUUUUUUUUCCUCCUCAUCAAGUGUCGUCUUCUCCGUCAGCCAUGUCACUCAAAGACAAUCCGUGUCGCAAGUUUCAAGCCAACAUCUUCAACAAAAGUAAAUGCCAGAACUGCUUCAAGCCCAGAGAGUCACAUCUGCUCAACGACGAAGACUUAAAUCAGGCCAAACCUAUAUAUGGAGGAUGGUUGCUGCUAGCACCAGAGGGGACUAAUUUUGACAAUCCGUUACACAGAUCACGGAAAUGGCAAAGGAGGUUCUUCAUCCUUUAUGAGCAUGGCUUACUUCGGUAUGCUCUGGACGAAAUGCCCAGCACUCUACCCCAGGGUACAAUCAAUAUGAACCAGUGCUCCGACGUCAUCGAUGGAGAGUCCAGGACAGGUCAGAAGAACUCUCUGUGCAUCCUGACCCCUGAGAAAGAGCACUUUAUACGGGCUGAGUGUAAAGAAAUUAUCAACGGGUGGCAGGAGGCCUUGACUGUAUACCCCAGGACCAACAAACAGAACCAGAAGAAAAAGCGCAAGGUUGAUCCACCCACUCACCAGGGUGGAGAAACUGCAAGCCAGUGUUUUUCCACUGAAGACAUGAAUGGACACCCAGAGCCCGGCCCCGCUAAGGUGACAGUGACCAGCAGCAGCAGCAGCGGAGGAAGCAUCCCCUGCCUGCCCAGCAGCAUCGCCAGUGCCGAGCGCGUCCCGAUGAGCCGUGCCACUCUGUGGCAGGAGGAGAGCCGCUGGAGCAGGGCCACCAUCCCCUGCAGCCGCAGUGCCUCCUGUCUCAGCCAGCUGGGCCAGAGCCAACCAGACUCCACUAUCACUACUCAAGACGAUGGCAGCACCAUGAGCACCGGACGCAAGGUACGAGUGGAAAGUGGUUACUUCUCCCUGGAGAAGACCAAGUCGGAGCCUUCUCCACAGUCUGCACAGCACUCUCAGCCACCCACGCAUCUGCCCCUGUCCUCUUCACCAUCUUCCUCCUCCUUAGGAGCUCUCAGUCCCAGGUACAACUCUGAGCCUGAAUCCCAAACUUCCCCUUUUCAACCCUCCCAAGAUCCUCUCCCUUCUCCAGGUGCACUCGUUUCCCCCAGCUACUCCACCAUCAGCUCUUCCCAGAGCUCGCUGGACUCCGAACCCAGCGGGAGUACACCCACCUGGGAGGGGCGCAGCAGUGGUGGAGGGAGCACUGGUAGUGUCAGUGGUGGAGGAGGCAGAGUGGGCCGGCCUGGAAGGGAGUACGCAGCCCUGUCUGAUGUGCCACGGGCUCGCAGACUGAGUUACCGCGAAGCCUUCCGCUCAGAGAAAAAGCGCCAAGACCUGAGGGCACGGACACGGAGUCCUGGCAGAGAGGAGGUGGCCCGGCUGUUUGGGGAGGAGCGAAGGCGUUCUCAAAUCAUUGGCCGAUUCGAAGAGGGUCAGCCUGUGGAGCGCAUGGACACAAGCAGCUCCAAUGAGCCUUCUGACAACACCACGCUAAUCCAGAGACAAGGCCGCAGUGAGAGACGCUAUCUGGCUAAUAAACAUGAGAUGUCACUGGAUGCCGGCAAGGACCGCUCAGUCCCUGAUGUGUCCAGCUCCACUUUUGCUAAUUUAAGAAGAGCCAAGUCACUGGACCGCAGAGUCACCGAGUCCUCAAUGACUCCAGAUCUGCUGAACUUCAAAAAAGGAUGGAUGACAAAGCUGUAUGACGAUGGAAUGUGGAAGAAACACUGGUUUGUCCUGACAGAUCAGAGUUUGAGGUACUACAAGGACUCAAUAGCUGAGGAGGCUUCAGAACUGGAUGGUGAGAUUGAUCUCUCUACGUGUUACGAUGUCAAAGAGUUCCCCGUCCAGAGGAAUUACGGUUUCCAGAUCAUGUGUAAAGAGGGAGCGUGCACCCUGUCAGCCAUGACCUCUGGAAUCCGUCGCAACUGGAUUCAGGCCAUCAUGAAGAAUGUGCGACCCACUAUUGCCCCCGAUGUCACUCGGAAAAACAUCUCUCUGAAACUAUCCGUUCUGAAGCCCAGAUCCCUCCCUGAGGAGAAGAUAAAAGCCCAUGUCAUGUUGGAGCCGUGUUCACAAGCCAACCUUGAGCAAAGCCCCAGUCCUGAGGCCCCCAAGUCGGAUGUCCACAGACAGCCAGCUGGCAACAACACCUCUGCCUCCCCUUCUGAGCCCCGUAAAAGUCGAGUUCGUGAGCGCAGGCGAGAGGGUCGCUCUAAGACUUAUGACUGGUCUGAGUUCAAAAUGGAACAGACAGGAAAGCCCUUGAAGGAACGAGCAGACACAGUCGACCUCAGCUCAUCAUUCUCCACAUCUCCCUCAUACUGUUCUGCCUCUUCUUCCCCUUCCUCAUUAGCGUCCUCUCCUGUCUCUACCUCCUCCCUCCAAACCUCUUCUGCGUCAGGUGCUCACCCGCCUUCUACGACAGCAGAAGCAGAAAAGGAGAGUGUUAGGAGGGGUGUCCCUCCACAUGGCACAACCAGUGCAACCCACAUGCCAAAUACUGUUACUGUUACCAUGACCUCCACGCUAAAUACUACACCGUCGGUACAGCCAUUGAAACCUGAAUGCCAAGAACAAGGAAAGAUGGAAGUAGACCACCCUGUGGCAAUGCAUACUGCUAGUGACGAUAAGAAGGACAACAAAACCUCAGAUGUCCAAGAAGAGAUUGAGCAGCGCUGGCAUCAGGUGGAGACAACACCGUUAAGAGAAGAGAAGCAAGUGCCCAUCACCUCAGCUUCAGGAAACUCUGACAGAUUGCCUGCACAUGAACUGGCUGCGCUGCUUGACAAAGAGUUGGGACAGAAGCAACAGGAGCUGGACCGACUACAGAAGCAAAACAGUGUUUUAAAAGAGCAGUUGGAAGAUGCAUUAGGGAGGGAACAAAGUGCCAGAGAGGGCUAUGUGCUGCAGAGUGCAACACCCCCUUCCUCUUCACCGCACAGAGUGCCAUGGCAACGCCUGCACAAGCUUAAUCAAGAUUUACAGGGCGAGUUGGAGACCCAAAAGCGCAAGCAGGACAUGGCCCAGCAGCAGAUUCGGACACUAAAGAGAAGCUACACAGAAGCCCAGGAUGCUGUAGGCCAGCAUGAGGCUGGCAUUCAGGCACUGCAGGCUAAACUAGCAUCUGCAAUGGCUGAAAUCUUGGCCAGUGAACAGGCUGUGGCCAGAAUGCGCAAUGAGCUCAAGCUAGAGCAAGAGCGCUCAAAGGAACAGGAGGAGGAAUAUAGCCGUAGUGAGGCCACAAUACGAGCCCAGCUCAAAGAUAACGAAGACAGACUCCGGGAAGUAGAGGCCAGCCUCUUAGAGAGAAACCAAGCCCUUAGGCACCUAGAGCGCCAGCAGGCCUUGCAACGGGACCACAUGAGAGAAAUACAGAGGCUGCAGGAAAGGUUGCAAGAAGUGACUGCUCGGCUAAGUGCUACUGAGGAGGGUCAGGCACUGAAAGAGGAGCGCUUGAGGCAAGAGCAGAAUAGUAUGCUAGAGAGUCAUGAGAGGGAAAGACAGAAUCUGUGUAGAAGAUUAGCGGAGGCUGAAACUGCAAAGAUGGAGAUGGAGAACCGACUGCUGGAGGCUGAGCAGCAGGUGGAGGCACUGUUAAGAGGGAGGCAGGCCUCUGGAGGAAAGGAAUGCAGGGAGGAAAUGGUGAAGUUGCAAGAGGAGGUGACCCAGAAGAAUGACAUGGUAGAGAUACUGAGGGAGAGUGUGCGUAGGCUUGAAGAAGAGAAAGGCCAUCUCACUUGCCGCUGUCAGGAGCUUCUUAACCAGAUUUCCGAGGCAGACCGUGAGGUGAAUAAGCUGCGCAAUCGUCUGGAAACGGAAGAGGCUGAUUACUACACCUUGGAGCACUCAUAUGAGAGAGCAACCCAAGAGUUUCAGAAAAUGAGCCAGUUCCUGAGGGACAAAGAGGAGGAGAUCCGGCAGACUAAAGAAAUGUAUGAGAGGCUGGUAGAACGCAAAGAAGAGGAUCUGAAAGAGGCCCUUGUUAAAAUGGCUGCACUUGGCAACAGCCUGGAAGAAACGGAACAGAAGUUGCAAGCUAAGGAGGAGCUUCUUUGUCAAAUGAGUCAGAGUCUCUUAGAUAAGGUUGAGCCCUGUAGUGCUGAAAAGGAUCUGCAAGCCAAGCUUGUGGUUGCAGAGGACCGCAUAGCAGAGCUAGAGCAGCAUCUCAAUGCCCUGCAGCUGGGCUAUGCUGACCUACGCAUGGAAAGGCAGCAUAUCCCAGAAGAGAGCAAGACUGCAAGGCUUAAAACAUCAGUCUCCUUAUCAGCAAACACAGAACUCCUACUUUCCUAUGACCGUACAUCCAGGACAGAAAAUUUCUCAGAUGAUAAGGAGUCUCAAGCUAAGAGACCAAGAAUACGUUUUUCCAAUAUUCAGUGCCAAAAAUACAUGAAUCUAGAGGGCUUAGACACUACCCAUGUCAGCAGUACCUUUGCAGACACAAGACAAAAAGUUAGUCAGGAUGUAAAUGAAGACAUCCAUCAAAGUGAAGGAAGCAUCUCCUCUGGUAUCACCUUUUCCCACAGUAGUGACCCAGAGAAGUUUAUCUCUAUCAUACAUGCCCUAGAGACUAAACUGCUUGCCACUGAAGAUAAACUAAGGAACCUCACACAGAAUUUAGAAGAGCCACGAUCCAUCCAAGCAGAAGACAUGCCUAAGAUUGAUCUAAAGAUGACGGAAACAAAGCCUAACCUUGACAAGGAGUUUAGUUGUGGAGUUGUGGUAAAGAGUAGUGCUGCCAAUAAGCAUUAUGCCAAGGCCCUGGCGUGUGUGGAAAAUAGUCGAGAGAAAGUCAGGAAUAUUCUCAGAGGCUCUCAUGAUACCACUGAUUCACAGCUGCACUCGUUGUCAGAGAUAGAGAAAGACUUGUUUGAUGCAUCACUGUACAUUCGACAGGGACAAAAGACACUGGAAGAGCAAUCACCAGCUGUCUAUCAAAAUCAACCCCCAGAGACCCUAGAUAAAGAUGCUUUGCACCUCUUUGCCAAAACGUUAUCGUUUGAGGCAGUCAUUUUGAACAAGAUGGCUAUGUUAAUACAGACUUCAAAGUCUGACCUCCUACAGUCUCUUGCAGAGAUAUGGGAAGACAUGGAGAAUGUUAAAAGGGGUGACAGAGAUUGCUUGGCUAUUGUUUAUGCUGAUGUCUUGACCAGAAAGUUGAUGUUAGAGAGUGCGUUUUGGAAAGACUUGGAGAAAGCUGAGACGGAUGUUGCUAAAUCCAAAGAGAGCAGUGUUACAGUUGAUGUAGAUGUUGAUGCCACAGAAAUCUUUAACACCUUCAUUAAAGCAGAGCUAGCCUACUCUAUUCAAAACCUUAAACUUUGCUAUGAAGAGAAAUUCAGAAUACUGAAAAGGGAGUUGACUGAAGCCCAUGAUAACCUGCAUCAAAGGGAAAGGGCUCUGAAAGCGAUUAUUGAAGCUUCCAAAAGGCCUGAUUUGAAAAAUGUAAUAAAAGAAGUCAAAAAUAACUUUGGGUUUGGUAAACAAAAGCAGUUAGCAGACAUUCGCCCCCCUGAACUCGCUCCCUACAUGGAGCAGAUUGAAAUGGAAGAGGCUAAAGGCUUGGCUGAGGAAAUUGUAGAUCGACACUUGGCUGGAGAAAUGCCCUCUUGUGGUGUCGACUGUAUUGAAUCACUGCAAAAUGCACAUGACAACCUGGCUAAUGAGCUUCAAAGACAAGCAGCAAUCCUACAUAAGUACGCUCAAGAGAUAGAAAGUGGUGGAAACCAUCCUGGACUGGCUAAAAUGAUCCAUGCUCUGCUGGGACGCCAAAUGUCACAUCAUUUCACAAGUACCUCUCUUUGUAUGCGUGAAGCCCUGAUCCAGGCUCAGGUGGCUUAUGUGGCAUGUAGGUUACGGGCCAUGCAUGAGCAAGAUGUGGGCUGGUGCAAACAGACAGGUCAGAACAUGGAUGUUCUUGUCCAGCAGCAUGCCCGCAAUGUCAGUGCAAUCCAAGAGAAAUAUGAGGCAUCCUUGCAGGAUGAGCGCCUGAACUUCACACAAACAGUGUCCACUCUCCAGAAGGAGAACAGCACACUGAAGAGUGAGAUCAGCAAACGUAUGAACCAGCUCUCCCAACAGCAGGAGCAACUGGCUCUCUUGGAGGAGAAUUUCCAGAAGGAGACUGAAGAGCUGAAGCAGAGGCACAAGGAAGAACUAAGCCGAGCAGAGAAAGGCCGUGCCUCAACAGAGCUGGCCCUCAUGGAGACUACAGCAGACAGUCAACGAAAGCUAGAAGUUCUGCUGGUGGACAUGGACACCAUGGAGGAACGGCACGAGGGUCAUGUGAGGAAACUAGAAGAGCAGUUUGAACAGCGGAUCUGUGAACUCCAGCAAAUCCACAAGCAGGAGAUCGAAAAGUUACAGUCCCAGUAUAUGGAAAACAUUCAGUGUAUCCAAAAGCACCAACAGGACAAAAAAGGUCCUGAGGUUUCCUACUCGCCUCCUUGCGAUGAUGCUACUACACCAAUGGAAGAGGAAGAGCAGGGGAAGGGGGAGGAUGUACAGAUUACGUCAGAGGUGGACUCCAUGGUGAUUCUAAAGGACCGGAUCCAGGAGCUGGAGGCUCAGAUGAGCACCAUGAGAGACGAACUGGAGAACAAACACCUAGAAGGAGAUGUGGCCAGCCUGAGAGAGAAAUACCAGAGAGACUUUGAAAGUCUUAAGGCCACUUGUGAGCGUGGCUUUGCAGCAAUGGAAGAAACACACCAGAAGGUAAUACAAGACCUCCAGAGGCAGCAUCAGAGGGAGAUUUCCAAACUUAUGGAAGAGCGAGAGAGACUAUUGGCUGAGGAGACUGCCGCCACAAUUGCUGCUAUUGAAGCGAUGAAGAAUGCACACAAGGAGGAACUGGAGAAGACCCAUCGUUCCCAACUGAGUGGAGUAAACUCUGACAUUGAUGAACUUCGCUCGCAGUAUGAAGAGGAGCUGCAGUCCAUCCAGAGAGAACUGGAAGUUCUGUCAGAGCAAUACUCUCAGAAAUGUCUGGAGAACGCUCACCUGGCACAGGCACUGGAGGCCGAGAGGCAGGCCCUCAGGCAGUGUCAGAGAGAGAACCAAGAACUAAACGCUCACAACCAGGAAUUAAAUAACCGACUGACUGCAGAGAUCACUCGGAUGCGCUCCUGUUUCAGCGGUGAAACAGCGCUGUCUCCACUCACCCAGGGCAAAGAUGUGUAUGAACUGGAGGUGUUGCUGCGAAUUAAAGAGUCAGAGAUCCAGUAUCUUAAACAGGAAAUCCACUCUUUGAAAGAUGAACUGCAGUCUGCUUUAAGGGACAAGAAAUAUGCCACAGACAAAUAUAAGGACAUCUAUACAGAGCUCAGCAUUGUGAAAGCAAAGGCUGACUGUGAUAUCAGCAAACUGAAGGAGAAGCUGCUCAUUGCCACAGAAGCUUUAGGCGAGAGGACUGUCGAUGGGACGGUUACAUCUGGAUACGAUAUAAUGAAAUCAAAAAGUAAUCCAGAUUUCCUGAAAAAGGAACGAUCAACAACCUCCAAGCAAUCAAGAGGCGUAAGGUCAAAGUCUGUCACUGAACAGGUCUCAUGGGAUAGCUGACACUCCCAUUGUGGGGUGAUUCCCCCCCAACCCCCGCCCCAAGAUGUGCUAGCCUGAAAGAGGGACUAACCGUGCAGGAGCGUAUGAAGCUUUUUGAAGCAAAAGAUUCCAAAAAGAUUUGAAUAUCAAGAAUUUCUUUUCUGUUUCCUGACCUCGGCAUUUGGUCAGACUGCUACGGCUGUGCCAGCAUCAGCUGAAGACUCCUAUAGGAUCACUCUCAAAAGAUCUAUCAAGGUCACUUCGAAACCUGGACCUGCUGCUCCCAUGCCCCUGAUAAGUUGUCAUAUUUUUGUUUGUUUGGUUUUUUUUUGUUUUUUGUUUUUUUUUAAUCAAUGGAAAAAAGUUUUACUGAAUCAAUCCUGUGUAGGGUUUCUUUAAAAAAAAAAUCCUUGGAUGUUUAAUCUGUCCAAUAUGGAGACGUGUCAAAUAAGCUGUGAGAGGGAUACAUGACAGCAUUUUUAUUGAUGCUCCAAAAUGCCAAAACAGACAGCAAUACACAGUAUGAAUAAUAUAUAUUUCCCAAUAUGAAUUAAGUAUCUGCUGUAUUUUAUUAUUGUUACAGUUUCUAUAUAUAAUAAUUUUUAAUGUGUUUAAUGUUGCACCAGUUCUGUUGUACAUAACUACUGGAUAUAUGUAAGAGUAUGGUUUGCUAUUGAUUGUUGGGGCAUCUGCUGUACUAUAACUAUGGUUUGAUUGAUAGUGGAAAACAAUGUGAUGCUUAACUUGCUUAUGUAUGAGAGUUUUAUAAAAUGGAGUGUCUGUGUUGGGGGGGUGGUAGUGGGGUGGGAUUGCACUUAUCACUUGACUACUUGAGGAAGCUUUUUUAUUAUUAGUCUCAAAUUUGGUGUAGUGACUUCAGCUCAGUUAUUGCAGUGCAACCAAACAUCCUGACUUCUGUCAAAUUUAGUGAACGACCGUGACUUGUUAGUGAUACUGGAUUUAUUCUCAAGUUUCUUAAAACCUGGAUUUGUGUUUGCUGAGUUUAGCCUUUGGUGUGAGAAUAUCAUCUCAGAAAACCCGGAACUAUUUAGGACUUUGCAUGACUGUACAGUAUCAUUUGAAUUGCAGAAUGAUCAUGUUGCCUCAUUUUCCUACUUUAUGCUUUAGUGUGAAACUCUUAACACUAAUAAGCUUUGCUUUGCAAGUCCUACUGUUUAGGUGUUGAGAUUGAAAUGUUUUACUGUAAGCGGCAGUCUUGAAGUACUUGGCCCAAUCCCUGACCUCUCACUGAAAUCUAGUCGUGCCUCAGCUGAGUGAAGAAUAUAAACAUCCAUGAAACCUGUGCAGCUAUGGAUACACACUGUAUAGUAUUCAAACCACGCCUUGUAUAUAUAUGUAUGCCACACGGAAGACUUCUGUGUUUUGUUUUAAACUUGUACCUUGCUCACUAGCUCUAUAUGAAAUAUAUAUGAAUAUUUUUUAUUUUCAUUUGAAUGUAUAACGUCAAUUAAAUGAAGUGUUUGGAAA